CAAGUUAUAAAAAUCAUAACCUUUGAUGUUCUUCGCUCCGGUCUUGAUGGCCCGUCGGUCCCUCACAUUUCAGAGGUGCUCCGGGACACUGAGUUCUUUUGAGGGAAAGAGGCAGCGUUUGUUAAGACUUUCCAGCAUCCAAUGAAAUGAAAUCUGCCUCCAAAAAACGCAUCCAUCAUCCCUUUCCACCCAAUGAGUGUCGUCGCGGGGCGGAGCUCAGGUGCGCGCCGCUGCGUCCAGUUGGCAAAGAGCCUGGGAGACGCCUGUGGCAAAAGAGUAACUGUCAAAUGCAAGGUUCCUUUAAUAGGAGCGAUCAGUCCGGCUCCGAGAGUCAUGGCGACUACAGCAUCCAAUCAUUACAAUAUCCUCACCUCCAGCCCAUCUAUUGUACACUCGGAGCCUGGGAGCAUGCAGCAAGCCACGGCUUACAGGGACGCGCAAACCCUGUUGCAGAGUGACUACUCGCUGCAGAGCAACAGUCACCCGCUCAGCCACGCGCACCAGUGGAUAACAGCCUUGUCACACGGAGAAGGAGUUCCGUGGUCGUCCAGUCCCCUCGGCGAGCAGGACAUCAAGCCAGCGGUGCAGAGCCCCCGGGACGAGAUGCACAAUUCCAGCAAUUUACAGCAUCAGUCGCGGCCACCCCAUCUGGUACAUCAGACACUCGGGAACCAUCACGAUUCAAGGGCAUGGAGAACAACGACGGCAGCUCACAUCCCCAGCAUGGCCACCUCGAACGGACAGAGCCUUAUUUACUCGCAGCCCAGUUUUAGCUUGAACGGUCUCAUCCCGGGUAGCGGCCAGGGCAUCCACCACCACAGCAUGCGCGACGCGCACGAGGACCACCACAGCCCGCAUCUCAGCGACCACGGCCAUCCACCGUCCCAGCACCAACACCAGUCGCACCAGAAUCACCACGACCACUCGGACGAGGACACGCCGACCUCGGACGACUUGGAGCAGUUUGCGAAACAGUUCAAGCAGCGGAGGAUCAAGCUGGGCUUCACGCAGGCGGACGUCGGACUAGCUUUGGGAACGCUCUAUGGAAAUGUGUUUUCGCAGACCACGAUAUGCAGGUUUGAGGCCCUGCAACUCAGCUUCAAAAACAUGUGCAAGCUCAAGCCUUUGUUGAACAAGUGGUUGGAGGAGGCAGACUCCACAUCUGGCAGCCCCACGAGCUUGGACAAGAUUGCUGCGCAGGGCAGGAAACGGAAAAAGAGGACUUCCAUCGAGGUAAGCGUCAAAGGGGCUUUGGAGAGCCAUUUCCUUAAGUGCCCAAAGCCAGCCGCCUCGGAAAUUACUUCGCUGGCAGACAGUUUGCAAUUGGAAAAAGAGGUAGUGAGGGUUUGGUUUUGUAACAGAAGACAGAAAGAGAAACGGAUGACUCCUCCCGGCGGACCUCUACCGGGUACCGAGGACGUAUACGGAGACACGCCGCCGCAUCACGGGGUUCAGACGCCAGUUCAGUGAGAAAAGACAAAAACAAUACAAAAUCAAGGACAUAUCUUAUCAUAUUGACUGCCUCAGUCUUCAUUUAUAAUUAUGUUCACAUUGGAGCCAUCCAAAGUGAAAGCAGCAGCGGUUUAGACUACUGAGGCGGGAGAGCAGAUUUUAUCCGUCUUCAAUGUUACUCAAAAUCCGUAUUGCUGCAACAGAGGGGACCGUGCGUUCCCCGCGCGAGCAAAGAGAACGGUUGUUCUGUGAAUACCCAGCACUGUGAAAAGACGCAGUUUUAAGGUGUAACCCUACUAUUU